CCACGCACAAACAUUCCAGUCUGCCUCUUCCACACCGCACCACAAACGAUUGAUUCCCAUAAUCAACUCUCCUACAACGAACAAGCCAGACGUCUGCCAUACUUCCAGCAGAGUCUCCCCGAUAACGUACCACGAGAUCAAUAUCUGGGGCCCCGAAUCUGCCCCUCCUACUUCCUGCCUGCAGCUCCUGCGCGCCUUCACCAAGCCACACUUGUCCAGAUCUCCCACCUUAUUCCGGAUACCUCGAUGCUAGCUUUGACUUCUUGCUGAGAUUGAUACGAGACUUUACGAAUCGCGGCUCUUACUUUUGCUCUCUACAUACCCAGUCCAACCUCCGUACACAACCUCCUCUCGCGACAGAAGAAACACUGAGUAACGAUGGCCGACGCGCUAGCAAAACAAAUGGAAUCUACCAAGUUGAGUGACAAUGCUACGACAGACAACUGGAAGGCUGGCCUUAACCUUCCCGCUAAAGACACAAGACAGCAGACUGAGGAUGUUACGGCUACCAAAGGCCUCGAAUUUGAGGAUUUUUCGAUCAAGCGAGACCUGUUGAUGGGUAUCUUUGAAGCUGGAUUCGAGAAACCAUCACCUAUUCAAGAGGAGGCAAUCCCUGUUGCGCUUACAGGACGAGACAUACUUGCUCGGGCGAAAAACGGUACUGGAAAGACUGCGGCUUUCGUCAUCCCAGCCCUCGAACGAAUCAAUCCAAAAAGCUCCAAAAUCCAAUGUCUCAUCUUAGUCCCGACCCGAGAAUUGGCUUUACAAACGUCCCAAGUCUGCAAGACGUUGGGUAAACAUCUCGGUAUCAAUGUUAUGGUCACCACUGGCGGUACAACCUUGCGAGACGACAUCGUUCGUCUGUCAGAUCCCGUUCAUAUUAUUGUUGGCACACCAGGAAGAAUCCUCGACCUGGCAGGAAAGAAUGUUGCCGACCUCAGCGAGUGUCCCAUGUUUAUCAUGGACGAAGCUGAUAAACUGCUCUCACCCGAAUUCACACCAGUCAUCGAACAGCUGCUGCAGUUCCACCCUAAAGACCGCCAAGUCAUGCUUUUCAGCGCGACAUUCCCCAUUACCGUCAAGAACUUCUCCGACAAGAACAUGGACAACCCUUAUGAAAUCAACCUCAUGGAUGAGCUUACUCUGCGUGGUAUUACACAAUACUACGCUUUUGUGGAAGAGAAGCAGAAAGUACACUGCCUUAAUACCCUAUUCUCCAAACUCCAAAUCAACCAGUCGAUCAUCUUCUGCAAUUCCACCAACCGCGUUGAGCUUCUUGCCAAGAAAAUUACUGAGUUAGGCUAUUCAUGUUUCUACAGCCACGCUCGCAUGCUUCAAGCAAACCGUAACCGCGUUUUCCAUGAUUUCCGCAAUGGCGUCUGCCGAAAUCUUGUCUGCUCUGACCUCCUCACCCGUGGUAUUGAUAUCCAGGCGGUUAACGUCGUCAUCAACUUUGACUUCCCAAAGAACGCUGAAACCUACCUGCAUCGCAUCGGCAGAUCUGGCCGCUUUGGACAUCUCGGUCUCGCCAUCAACCUCAUCAACUGGGACGAUCGUUUCAAUCUUUACAAUAUCGAGCGCGACCUUGGUACUGAGAUCCAGCCUAUCCCACAAACCAUCGAUAAGAAUCUUUAUGUUUAUGACACCCCUGAGAGCAUUCCCAGACCAAUAUCUAAUUUCCAAUCUAACCGACAACAAGCUGCUCGUGAACAGCAGCAGCAGCAGCAGCAGCAGCCUCAACAGCCUCAGCAGCAAGCUGGCAACCCGCGCUCUGGUGGAGCUGGCACCGGCAGCAAUGGACGUACCAACCAAAUUCAAGGUCAUGGCCAAGGCAGCCAACGACAACCACAAGGUCAACGUCAAGGUCAAGGCUUUGGGCGAGGUAAUGGUAGAUAUGACCAGAAUCGUCGAGGCGGUGGCCAAGGCCAGCGACAGCCCGCCUACGAUGGGCAGAGAGGCGGCCGUGGGCAACCCACGCCGGCUCAAUAG